AUGCGGCGACAGCGGCAGCUUCUGGCAGAGAACAUGCUGAUGACUUCAGGCAAUGACAACGGGGGUGGGUCUGACGAUCGUCUGUAUUUCUCUUCCUCGAUGCUCAACCCGCAUGCAGACACGCUCAUCGCUCUCGACGAGUACUCCCCUGAGGUUGUCAACGACCUUGCCAAGUCCGUCGCUCACUCUUCAGACGAGGGGUUGAAGUGGACCAACAUCUACGGGGCUGAGAGCUGCGAAUCUUACCUGCGAUCAACCUGCGCCGAUCUCUAUCCUUGA